AUGGCUGCCCGCUCCAUCUUCCUCUCUCUCACCCGAAAUGGCAGGAGGGAUCGAAGUAUGCUCAGAUCCUUCUCUUCAAGCGCUUCGAGAAGCGAAGUUAUAGGCGAAGAGUCAUCAAAUGUUGCGGAGGAAGAAAAGGGUGAUGGUGAGGACGAUGACCUCAAGAGCAGAAUAUUCCGGCUCAGACUGCCCAAGCGUAGCGCCACUAACGUGCUUCAGAAAUGGGUCGGCGAAGGCCACAAAGUUACCAUCUGUGGCCUUAGAGAUAUCUCCAAAGAGCUCCGCAAGUCCCAGCGUUACAAGCACGCCCUCGAGAUAUCGGAGUGGAUGGUAGCUAAUGAGGAGUUUGAGAUAUCUGACUCUGACUAUGCAGUCCGCAUUGACUUGAUGUCUAAAGUCUUUGGUAUCGAUGCCGCUGAACGCUACUUUCAAGUCCUUCCUCCCAAUGUAAAGACGAGCGAAACCUACACUGCUCUUCUCCACUCUUAUGCUGCGUCAAAACUAACUGACAAGGCUGAGGCACUAUACAAGCAAAUAAAGGAAUCAAACUUGUCUUUAAGUGCCAUCACAUACAAUGAACUAAUGACCCUGUACAUGUCAGUUGGGCAGGUGGAGAAGGUCUCCUCUGUUGUUGAGGAACUGAAACGCCAGAAGGUUGCACCAGACCUGUUCACUUAUAAUUUAUGGAUAAGUUCUUGUGCCGCAGCUCUAAAAAUUGAUGAACUUAGAAGCAUUCUUCAUGAAAUGAGUCAUGAUCCUGGCCUUCAUGAAGAUUGGGUAAGAUAUAUGAACCUUGUCAACAUAUAUCUGACCUCCGGGCACCUUGUGAAUUCAGAGCUCAAUUCUCUUGUUGAAAGCGAGAAGGAUAUUAUGCAAAGGGAAUGGAUAACUUAUGACUUCCUUCUUGUUCUAUAUGGGGGUUUGGGAAACAAAGAUAAACUUGAUCAAAUAUGGAAAUCUUUGAGAAUGACUAAGCAGAAAAUGACAAGUAGAAAUUAUUUGUGUAUAGCUUCAUCAUAUCUGAUGCUUGGGCAUUUGAAAGAAUUAGGAGAAGUUAUCGACCAAUGGAAGCAGUCUGUGGCAACGGAUUUUGAUUUUUCUAGCUGUAAUAGGCUUUUAAAAGCUUUUGCAGAAGUUGGGUUGAUUGAGAAAGCCACAGCUUUCCGUAUGAUCUUAACUGAGAAGGGAUGUGAAGUUGUAGAUGACUUGAAGUAG